UACAAAUCGCUUUACAAACAAAAUCACUGUUUCAAUUACAACUCUCUCUCUCUCUCUCACCCACCCUAAAACGAUAUAACAACAAAAUCUUUUCUUUUCUUGUUAUUAAAAAAAAAAUCUCCUUCAUAUAAUAUAUUUUGGUUUCUUCCCUUGAUUCUCUCGAAAUCUCUCUCAACAAACCCAGAAAGCUUUCCUUGAUUCCCAAGUUUUAUCAUCCUUUUUAUUCUCUUUUUCUUUUCUUCAUUUUGAUGCGAAUAUAGAGAAACAAAAGAAGAAACAAACAAGGAAAAAAGAAAAAUGGAAGAGUUUAUUGAUUUCAGACCAUUGAAGUACACAGAGCACAAAACAUCAGUGACUAAAUACACCAAAAAGUCACCACCGGCGAAACUCUCCUCCUCAGCCGUUGAUCAUCAUCAUCAUCAUCAUCAGUCAUUGAGAAAGGUUAGUAUCUGUUUCACCGAUCCUGACGCUACGGAUUCAUCAAGCGACGAAGACGAACAAGAUUUCUUGUUUCCUCGCCGUAGAGUUAAAAGAUUCGUUAACGAGAUCACCGUCGAGCCUGCCUGUAACAACACCACCACCGGAGGGGUUUCUUUGAAGGAUAAGAAACGACUCUCUUCCUCCUCCGCAGAUGAAUCUCAGUCUCCGGCUAAACGUCCUCUAAAAGCCUCGGUCGUCGCCGGCCAAACUAAGAAGUUUCGCGGCGUUAGACAACGGCCGUGGGGGAAAUGGGCGGCGGAGAUUCGAGAUCCAGAGCAACGCCGAAGGAUUUGGCUCGGUACUUUUGAAACGGCCGAGGAAGCCGCCGUGGUUUACGAUAACGCUGCUAUUAGACUCCGUGGACCGGACGCUUUAACUAAUUUCUCUAUACCGCCUCAAGAAGAAGAAGAAGAACCGGAACCGGUUCUUGAUACCAAACCGGAAAUCAACAUUACUACGACGACGACGACAACAACUACAUCGUGUUCUGAAUCAACUGAAGACUUCCAACAUCUCUCAUCUCCCACUUCUGUUCUCAAUCUCGGGUCCGAAGAGAUUCAACAAGUACAACAACCGUUCAAAUCAGCUAAACCGGAACCGGGGAUUUCAGAUGCACCGUGGUGGCAUACCGGGUUUGGUGCCGGUUCUGGUGAAACAGACGAUUCGUUUCCUUUGGAUACUCCGUUCCUAGACAACUAUUUCAACGAGUCACCGCCGGAGAUGUCUAUAUUUGAUCAAACGAUGGGUGGCAUGGGUCAAGUGUUUACUGGAAAUGAUGAUAUCUUUGGUGAUAUGUUCUUGGAUGGUCAAAGUAUCAACAUUGGAGGAGAUGACUUGAUGACAAGUUCUAGUAUCAAAGAUAUUGGUUCUAUGUUUAGUGAUUUUGAUGAUUCGUUGAUAUCAGAUCUAUUAGUUGCUUAAUGAUGAUGAUGAUUAUUAUUAUGAUGAUGAUGAUGAGAGUGAUGAAGAAACCCAUCAGCAAAAAAAAAAAAU